CGCCACGGGAGCGUCAGUAGUGCCGCAAUCGCCGCCAAACGCGUCUUCUUUUUACCGGUUACGUACACUAUUACUGCGUGAUCUGUGCCUGAAAAGUAUACAAGUUGUGCUUUUUUUUUUUGGGUCCCGGUAUGGUUGAAAUAGGCGCACCGUUGGACAGAGGCGAGGAUGGGGCUUUUAAAUAGGAAGAGUGCGCGCCAGAUUCACAAUAUGACAGCCACGCAAGCAACUUUCCUUUUUUGCACUCUUUUGCAGGCCAUUCUAGCCGGAGGACAGCUAGCAGAGCCGGAACCAGAAUUUUUGGCCCCUCUAGAAAAUCACACUGUCACCCAAAACAGGGACGUGUAUUUCACCUGUGUCGUUAACCACCUAUCUUCUUAUAAGGUAGCUUGGAUAAAAUCAGAUACUAAAGCCAUAUUGGCAAUCCACACUCAUAUGGUGGCACAAAAUCCUCGACUUUCAGUCACACAUAACGGGCACAACACGUGGAAACUGCAUGUCUCCAAUGUUCAGAAAAAUGACUCUGGAACUUACAUGUGCCAAAUUAACACCGAUCCUAUGAGAAGUCAGAUGGGUAAUUUAGAAGUGGUCAUACCUCCGGACAUAUUAAAUGAUAAUGAAUCGGCCGAGGGUACAGGGGUAGCAGUGGAAGGAGGGACAAUCAGACUUAGAUGCCACGCUACCGGCGUGCCAGAACCGACUGUACUUUGGAGACGGGAGGACAGCAGAAAUAUCGUCCUUAGACAGGAUGGCGGAAGAGAUAAGCAAGUUUCAAAAACUUUCGAUGGAGAUACAUUAGCGUUGGCUAACGUACAACGUACAGACAUGGGUUCUUACUUUUGCAUUGCAAGCAACGGCGUUCCACCUUCAGUAAGCAAGAGAUUUGUUGUCAGGGUGCACUUUCAGCCGUUGAUCAGAGUGUCAAAUCAGCUGGUGGCCGCGCCAAUCGACAGCGACGUGUUGGUGCAGUGUUACGUUGAAGCUUCACCGAAAGCCAUGAACCACUGGAUGAGGGACAACGGUGAAAAACUCAUUCCAAACGAAAAAUACAACAUGGAAGAAACAAUUCUUACCGACUAUUCGUUACUAAUGAACCUGACUAUACGCAGACUUGAAAGAAGAGAUUUUGGAGGAUACAUUUGUCAUUCAGUAAACGCAAUGGGCAAAACCGAGGGUGUCGUUAGACUACAAGAAUUGCAUUUGAUAGUGAAAUCGACAAGUACGGCAAGCACUCCAAAGUACAUCGAAACAAAGCCAAGAAAACCACCGCAUAAGGAAAAACCGAAAAAAUGGAAGAACAAAAAAAAGGAAAACGGCGAGGUCGGACAACCGGAAGAGCACGAAUCAACGACGCUUUUGCUACCAGAAGCGAAAACUUUGCCGCCAUAUGUAACAACGUUCCCGAGCGCGAGCAAAUCGCCAUCUUGGACAACUAUACAACGCACUAAUGCCGGAAUAAGAUUCAACUAUAAUUGUUAUUUUAGUACUACUGCAUUCAUUGUAUUUCGAUUGUUUACCAUGUAUAGAGGCAUAUAAUUUAUAAGUGUAUAAAAAAGGCUAAAAUAGCUUAUAUAUAUAUUCAUUUUUUAGCCAUCGAAAAAUCGUAAGUAAGAUAUAAAAUGGCAAUAUUUUCUUUUAAUUAAAACUAGCUACACUCACCAUCUAAACCUUAGCCUACUUACUAACUUGGUUUGUUAGUUCCGGGGAAAAC